UGAAGAAGCCAGCCGCUACGCGUGGAGGCGUCUGCGAGGGGCACCAACGCGCUGCAGGAUGGCCUCCUUGGACACGGCUUCCCAGAAAACCUACUUCCAGGCUCCUCUCCAAGAGCAGAAGUCACCGGUUGAGACCGUUCAGGUGAUUGACACGGAGUACAGCGCGGACACCGUGGAAUGGUGCCCGCUGGAGGGCAUGAGUGACUUGCUAGCCUGUGGCACCUACCAGCUGCAGAUAUUGGAGUCUGAAUCCCAGAAGCCCUCUGCCCUCGCAGAGGGGAAGCCCAAAGCGAAUAGGUUGGAGAAGCAAGGGAACAAGUGUGGAUCAACCAUGGAUGAAGUUAUAGAUCCUCAUGUCCGUAGGGGUCGUCUUUACCUGUAUAGUUUCAAUAAGGAUGCCAAUGGUUCCCCCCUCACUGAAGUCCAAAGGAAAGACUGUGCUGCUAUUCUGGAUAUGAAAUGGUGCCCUGUUCCAGUUGCUGGCCAGGCUGUCCUGGGAUUGGCAGAUGCUAAAGGAUGCGUAGAGUUGCUUAACUUGAUGGAAUUAGAGAAGAACCAUUACAUAUUACAGCCACUUCUUAAGAAAGCCCUCGGACAGCAUUGUAUUGCAUUGUCUCUAGACUGGUCAGCAGGACAAGCCAGAAGGGCCACUGGUCAGCCCCUAAGAAUCAUUAGUAGUGAUUCGAAGGGGCACCUCCACUACCUUGCCGUGGAUGAAUCGGAGCCUUCAAUACAUAGUCUGUCAGAUUGGAAGGCUCAUGACUUUGAAGCCUGGAUUGCCGCCUUCGAUUACUGGCAAACAGACAUAGUCUAUUCAGGUGGAGAUGAUGGGCUUCUGAAAGGCUGGGACACCAGGAGCAACCUGGAUAGCCCUUUAUUUACCAGUAAGAGACAUUCAAUGGGUGUGUGCAGUAUCCAGAGCAAUCCCCAUCGGGAGAAUAUUCUGGCCACAGGAAGUUACGAUGAGCACAUUCUUUUAUGGGACACCCGUAACAUGAACCAGCCGUUUGAUGACACUCAUGUAAAGGGAGGUGUGUGGAGACUCAAGUGGCACCCUGUGUAUUCUCACCUACUUCUGGCCGCUUGCAUGCAUAGUGGCUUUAAGAUCCUCAACUGCCGGAAGCCUUUGGAGGAGAGGAAGGAGGGGUCCUUUAUCCCUGUGUCCUACAAGUCGCACAGUUCAUUGGCGUACGGAGCUGACUGGUCCAGGCUUUGUCUAAAUCCUGACAAACAAACUCAACAACAGGCUUUUCCAGCAUCUGACGAUAAAAGCAACGCGGGGCCCUGGAAGCCGGAUAUUUGUUGGAAUGUGAACAGAGCGUAUCUAUCACCUUCAACCUCUUUGGAGACCUCUUUGGAGACCUCUUUAACCAGCAAAAGGAGUUCAGAUGAGCAAGGCGCGUUGUCCGAGGGGACGCUAACAGAGACAUCAGACUUUUUUGUCCCGCUGGUUAUUAAGGAGAGUUCUGGCCAUCUUACUACUAUGUUGAAGGGAAUAGCUCUUGAGGCUGAAGAACCGACUAGAACAAAAACUGUUGUGAGUCUUUUAGCCACGUGUUCCUUUUAUGAUCACGCCCUUCACCUCUGGAGGUGGGAAACAAGAUCAAUUGAAGCAUAAACUACUACGACCGAUUUUCCAAUUGGGCUUCAAAAGGACAGAUGAUUCCACAAAUGAAUCUGAAAUAUUGGGUUCUUCAUUGUGAGUGGAUUGUACAAGAGCUUUAGUAUUCCUUGUGAUGUUCAGCCCUGUUUACCAUUUUAAAAUGAAGUUUCUCUGAUCAUAUGUAGCACUCAGCUACUUUUUGAACAGCUGUGUAUAGUUAUGAGGAAGCUAGUAGCUUUUUAAAAUGAGAGUCUACUACUAGGCUUAUUGCGAACUAAGGAGGUGGUUUCUUUCUUUGUAGUCUAAAACUUGGUGUGUUGGCGAGGCAUUUCAUAUGGACCUUAGCUUUUGGGUUCCUAAAAUUGGCCGUUUCUACCUCCGAUAACUGUCAGAUAUCAAGACAAAUUCUUUGCUAAGCCACCUUCGUAGCAGAGGGCACAAAAUGGAAGUUGUAUGCCCUGGCACAAUUGGUUACUUCUUCUGGCUGUGUGAGACUAAAUGUCCAGUUUUGGAGAAAAAAUGAGUGUUCCAGAAUGUCUUUUACAAAGCUCUUUUAAAAUAUAGCCUCAGUAGUGAUGAGUUACUUUUGUUCGAAUUGUAAACUUCUUUUAAAAUGAAAUGUUUUCCUCAGAAAAACACCUUAAAAACAAAUAAAGUUUCAUAAUUGCAUCAAUAUA